CGGCGCAUUCUCGUCCCUCGUGCGUGUGCGCGAUUCAAUCGCUCUAGUAGCCGCUGUCGCGGGAACGCCGCCGCCGCCAACCACCCGCCUCAGUCAGUCACUCAGCCAGCCAGCCCUGAGAGGGAGAAAGGGAAGGCGAGGGAGCGGGCGGGAUUAUUAUGGGCUGUGGGUGCUGCUGUUGCUGAGGCUGAGCAAAGAUGGAGCUCUCUGCAGUGGGCGAGCGGGUCUUUGCGGCCGAAUCCAUCAUCAAGCGGCGGAUCCGAAAGGGACGCAUCGAAUACCUGGUGAAAUGGAAAGGCUGGGCCAUCAAGUACAGCACUUGGGAACCCGAGGAAAAUAUCCUAGAUUCUCGCUUGAUUGCAGCCUUUGAGCAAAAGGAACGUGAGCGUGAGCUUUAUGGACCUAAGAAGAGAGGACCUAAACCUAAAACUUUUCUGCUAAAGGCUCGGGCCCAAGCAGAGGCCCUACACAUUGGGGAUGUACAUUUUUCUGUCAAGCCCAGUUCUAGCACAUCCUCACCAAAACUGCACUCCAGUGCUGCAGUGCACCGGCUCAAGAAGGACAUCCGAAGAUGCCACCGUAUGUCCCGGCGUCCAUUGCCCCGCCCGGAUCCACAGAACAGUGGAGUGGGUGGGAGCACUGGCAUACGCCCCCCUGUCUCUCCUUUCUCAGAGACCGUACGCAUCAUCAACCGCAAAGUGAAACCUCGUGAGCCCAAGCGUAGCCGUAUUAUUCUCAAUCUGAAAGUCAUUGAUAAAAGUGGCAAAGGAGCAAGUGGGGGAGGAAACUUGGCACGUUCUAAGAUCCCUUCCCGAAAUCGUGUAAUUGGUAAGAGCAAGAAGUUUAGUGAGAGCAUGCUUCGUAAUCAGAUCCGCCACAUGAAAUUCGGAAGCUUCCCUCUGUAUAACAAGCCAUCUGUUCCAACCCCAUCAUUAGAGGGGAAGACAGAGGCAGGAGGUUCUCAAGAUGCUUCUUGUGGACUCAUGGGCUCUUCUGCCUAUGAUGCCCGCAGUUCCAGCUCCUCUGACUGCCCCUCACCAGCUCCACACUCCUCAUCUGAUCCAGAUGAUUCCCCACCAAAGCUGCUUCCCGAGAUUCUAAAUCCUGCCAUUCCUGACUGGCGUGAAUCUGAGGUCCUCGAUCUGUCAAUUCCACCUGAGUCAGCAGUGACCAGUAAGCAGUCACCUUCCAGAGGGAAUGGAGUAGGUCAGAUCCCAUCAUCUCCACUGUCUUCUGACCCAGAACAGGAGGCUGGUGAUUGGCGACCUGAAAUGUCUCCAUGCUCUAAUGUGGUAGUUACUGAUGUCACCAGCAAUCUAUUAACGGUCACAAUCAAGGAAUUCUGCAAUGCUGAAGAUUUUGAAAAAGUGGCAGCAGCCGGAGGUGGUGGAGGAGGAGGAGGCAGCAAAUAAAGAGGUGUAUUCCUCUUUCACAAAUGUUGGGGGCGGGGGAGGGGACAAGGAGGCUAUACUGCAAGACCAUGCAUGAUAUGAAUGCUUGCUUUCUUCUCUCUUCCUUCUCAUCUGUUCUUUCUCGUUUUGCUUGGAAAUUAAGUUGAUAGAGGAAUGGAAAUAGAUGUGUUUGAAAUUCUCCAAUGUCACAGUUGUUAGGACUCAUGCUGGGAAAUAAAUUUUCCUUUUGUGCAUAUUUGGAGGUCUUCAAAAAUUGCAUCUUUUUGACAGGAACCUGGUAAAUAAGAGCUUGGGAGAAUGGUGGGUAUAUUAAGUGAAUGAUAUAUUUUCCCCUCGUGUUAAAAAAACAACAACAAAAGUAACCCUUUGGCCAAACUCAAAGUAGGGAGUUUAUUUUCCGUGAAUUGCCACUUUAUUCCUGUCACCUUUCCUGUGUAUUUGUAUAUAUGGGAAACUGCUACAGAACUUAGAAACCGUUACAGAACUUCAUAGGGAUUGGGUGUGCCUAAUCCUGCAGUGCAUUUCUGAAUGUUGUUCCAUUGUGCAUGUAUUAGAAGUGCAAAUAAGGUAGUUCUCUAACAUUUGUAGAUGGCUUAGGCCCACUUUCCCUUUUUCAUUAGCCUUGAACUAUAUCUCUAAUAGUUCCUGAUUGUAAUACAUUUUGUAUUUUUUUUACUGUUAAGCUAAAGCUGCUUCAGUCUUAUGAAGCUGUUAAUCUUAUCUUGCAUCAUUUGUUCUUCUUUACAUAUCAGAUGCAUGAGUUUUAUUUUUUCUGAAACCUUAUUUCAGAAAAAGUGGGGCCUAAUACUCCUUUAAAAAAGUGCAUUGAGCUGCAACCCACUAUUCUUAUUUACAUUGGUAUAUUUAGAUAUAUGCCAGCAAAGUAGGAAAAAGGUGCUUGCUUGUGCUUUUCCUUCUUUCUAUUUUUCUCUCUGUAAAAGAGAUGGAAGAACAUUCAUUUCUGCAGUUCCCAAGACUUCAAGUUGCCUGUACAGUUGCCAACCAAAGGUGCUAAGAACAUAUUGUAAACAUUUAUUAUAUGUCUCUUGGAUCUUGGUAUGUUUGUUGGGAGACAGUGUGUAUGUUUAGUGUAUGCUUGCCUCUUCCUCCCAUCCACCCGCCUGCCAUACCUUCCUUUCAUUUAAUUCAUUCUUACUGAAACCUGAGUGCUUUGUAAGCAAAUAAUGUAGUUGCUUUUGCUUUAUUGCCUCCACCUCCACCACCUACAAAUGUUAGGAACAAUGACUCCAUGUAUUGAUGACUAACAUUCACUGAAGUAUUUCUUCAAAUUUCCACUUCAUAGUUCUUUUGUCACAUGUUCCAGCUUUGAUGCAAACUUCUCCUCCCCUAUACUAUGCCUCCAAUUUGUUAGUAGUGGCACAUGUGGGUAUGUAUGUAGUGUUGUCCAGCAAACUAUUUAUACAUUGUUACAUUAGGAUGGGAAGGAUGUGUUUGAGGUAAUUCUUAAGGGCUCAACUGCAUGCUAUGCUGUCACUGAAAUAAUUAACUCUUGUUCUUAAUGGCAUGUCUCUUCUCUAUGUUCUAGUCUGAACAAUUAUCUUUUAAGAUUCUGCUUAGGGAUUUUUUUUGUUUUAUUUUGUUCUGUUCUUUUAAAGUUUAUUAAUAUAUGUGAAGCCUGGUGCUGCAAAUACUGUGGCAUUUAUUGCUUGAUUGAUAAGGUUUUAAAAAGCAGUGAUUUAAUUUCAUUCUCCUUUAGAAAGGAUUUCUUCACACUUUUCCUUCUCCUGUGUUUUCUUUUUAACAUUCCUCUCUUUCCUUCAAGGACUUUGCAGAAUUCCACUUGUUUAUAUACAUGCUUAAGAAAAAAUCAGAACUUUGUUAGAAAAAAGAUUGAGAGCUGAUAUGUGUUAAGAGUCCUAAAUAUCAGUGUCUAUACAUAGAUGCCUACCAAAAGCAAAGUUUAUGAUGUUAAUCAUUGUGUUGUUUGUGACAGUUUGAGUGCAGUGAAUAUUGAAGAAAUAUUCAAGUUUUACAGUUAUCCAGUCAUGCAUUCUUUUUAGUGUUUUUUUUUUUAAUGAAUGAAUUCUACAAGGUGUGCAGGGUUAUUACCUCCAUGCUCCUCCCACUGAUAUAUAACUCCAAGGCUUUCUGUUAUUCCACAGAUGCAUGCUUUGGAAUUCACUGUUUGUAAUUUUUUUGGGAAAUCAGUAAGACAAGUUGUAUCAUUGCAUUGCCUCAGAAGAAUAGGAGGCAUUAUCAUGAGAGUUUAUUUUAAUGGCUUCAAAGGUGGGUGGGCUGGGCUGGGCUGAGAAUAGAGAUAUAUAAUAGGGAGAGAACAGGGAGACUUGUAUUAAAAAAAGACUUUAAGAGAAAAAAUAGAAUUAUUUUAUGAAACUUCAAGAGGAAAUAUAAGGGUGGUUGAAUCAUGUUCUACAAUUGUUUAUUUUUGUGGCAUUUUGUUAGAAACAAAUUAGAUAGCCAUUGUAAAAAGGAAUUUCAACAGGAAACUCUUCAGAUACUUUAGCACAAAAUCUCUUGGCCCAUUUCCCCUUGUUCCCUGGAGUCUCUUGUCACUUUAGUUUCUGUGAGUUUCCAUAGAAUAUGGUUUUUACCUUUCUUAGAGGUAUUAUGAAAAAAUAGUCAUUAACAAACUGGCUGAUUUCAACGUAAAGCUCCUCCAAAUGCAUCAAACAGGUUUUGUUUGAUUUUAUUCAAUCCAAAAAGAGAUCAACUACUAGAAAUAGUGGAGUGUGUGCCUGGAGAAAAUGAAAGAAGGAGAUGAACUAAUUUCUCCUUCCUCUUUUAUGACCAUUUUAACAUGAAGAUAUUGGGUACACAUUUUAUGCACUAAAAACUUGCUCAGGAGGUAUAUCUGCUUAAAACUAACAUGUACAUGUUUACUGCCUCUUAAGGCAUAAAAUUUCCUCCGCACACUUUUGUUCGUAACUAUCAUACAUGAAAAACAAAUAAGGAAUUUUUUUGUUUGUUUGUUUUCAUAACAUGAAAACUGCUUGAGGAAAAGUCAAAGGCUGAAACUUUAGGACUUAUCACAAGCUGCUGGAAUAGCAAUUCCUCGACUGCUAUCAUUGCCACUGUAGCAACUGUUUAAAAAUGAAAAGCAGUAAAUUAGGGGUGGAAAAAUUAUAGUCCAAAAGCUGCAUGUGGCCCUCCAGCAUCUCUUGUGGGGCUAAAAAUUUGGGCCUUUUUCUUCGUUUUAGGUGUUUUAAGGAAUGCAAUGAUUGUUUUAAAAUUCAACAUACUAAUGUAGCACCUACUGUACUCCUGAAUCCCUCCUCUCAAAUGGAGCCUGGCCUUUCCCAUUUCUGUAUGUCACGUUACAUCUGAUGUAGCUCCUGAGUUAAUGGAAGUUGUAUGCUCCUUCACUGCAAUUAUUAUUCCUUAAAUCCAUUUGGAGUAGUAGCAUUUGCAGUUAGUAGAUUUGUCUAGUUUUGCCUUGCUUGUGCUGAUCACUGGAGAUUUAGCCAAAAAUAUUUAAACAAGUGGUGUUUGAGUAAGAAAUCUCUGGCAGGUUGCUAUUGAGCCAGUCUGGUAAAACAGAAUAUGGUGCUAAUUGUUGGUUGUAUUGCUAUUAUCUCUUCUAUCUCAUUACAACCAGCAGACUAUUUUAAGAAUGGGCUAAGGUUGUGAACUAGAGUAAUUGAUUCACAGAGGUGUAAGGGAUUUGAACCAGUUUGAUGCAAAGAAAUGCCUGCUGUUUGGACUAUAAAAUAGCCUCCUAGCAGCUUCUAAUUAAUCUGGGGCGUUCUGUAACAUACCAACCUAGUUGCUCUUGCCUGUCUCCAGGAGCUAGAAAAUUUCUUCACAUCAGAAAGAAUCAUCUCCUUUAAGGACAGGGGGAGGCCAGUUAUGCGUAAUACUGGAAUGCAAGGUUGUUCUUGCCUUAGAUUAUUUUUCCCUUCCUAAUUUGGCACAUGCUCUAUAAAAGCAAAUUGUGUUGAUUUUUUUCUGUUAAAAGGAAACCUUAUUCCAUGAUGCAGUCAAACCACUAGAGGGUAAUAUAGAGCUAUUGUGUUUUAAUGAUUUGAGCUUUGUUUAUUACCUUGAAUCUUAAUUUCUCUUUAUAUGAUAAAGCAUAAAAGCCCUUCUAUACAUACAGUCUGUGCAAAGAUGCCGUGUGAGUUGUAUGUAUGAGUUUUCUUUGUAUCUGUGCCAUGCUUGUGGCCACUUUUGUUAUUAGGAGAGUUUGAUGGGGUGGGGGUUGAGAAAGAAGACUAGUUUUGCAAAUAAAAGGAAAAAAAGAAAAAAGGAAAAGUUCUUUUUUUUAAAAAAAGAGAAGAUUUUUACAGACAGAAGAGGAUAGAGAUUUAAAAAUAUUAAAUGCAGUAAUUGCACAAAUGUAGUGAUAUUAGCUGGUCCUUAAAGAAAAGAGUAUUUUUACAAUUAUGAGUGGUAGAGGAUGGCAUUCAGAUAAUUUAAAUUGGAAAGGAAGAGCAAAGAAUGUAAGAAGAGAUGCAGCUUCCAAACUGAGGGAGCAAAUCCUUAUCUUAAAAAAAAAUCUUCCUUCUGUUACCCUUAACUUGAAGGAGUAGGGAGAGUGCCUCCUUCCAUAGUUAUGAAGCCAGAAUUUAGCCUUGUUCUGUUUGUCAGGCGGGACUAUGUGGCAUUUUAUUAUUAACUUGUUCGUGCAAGUUAUCAGUUGUACUUCAUGAUGAUCUGCUGAAUUGAAUGGGACAUGUUGCUGCUUUGUGGUUUUCAGUAAGAUCUGGGAUCUCUGACAAGCAAGACGUAUGUGUGUUUGGUAGCUGUGAAGGAAACAUACCCUUAUAAUCUGGCAAAACGUUCAGUGAUAAAGUCAGUUCAUUGAUACUGAAGUUGGUAUACCAGAAAUUCUUUUUCUAAUCAAAUCCACGUUACAUCUUUCGUACUUGUAUAACCAAUAUUUUUACAAGUGGGUAAUAGCUUUCCUACAUUAAGAGAUAUGAUCAGGGCCUUCUUGAAGAAAGCAAAAACUAAAGCAAUUUUCCCCACAUUGGCACAGUCCAAAUGCGUUAGAAUUGCAACUCCCAAAAUUCCCCGUCAUUCAGUAGUUACAGUGUGUAAGAAAGUUGGAGAACCACAACAUGGGAAAAACUGCACUAAACUAAUUCUGAUGGCUUGGCCCAUGGUGAUUAUUUUCAUCCUGAGACAUAAGGAAAAUGAGAUGAAAAAAAGCAAGGAUAGCCUUGCAAAUCAAAUAUACUGUUAAAAUAUUUAAGGAAGAUAUAUAAUGAAAGGGCAAUAUGAUGCACGUAAUUCACAAUUGCCCAAGGUGGUAAUUGUGUAUUUAUUUUAUCCAUAAAAAUCACCUAUGAAGUGCUGAUUGUAUAAGCUGAGUGUGAACAAAUGCUAAGAAAGAAUUCACACAACCCAAUGACAGUGUAACAGUAACGCCUAUAUUAGAUUUCCUAUUACAGUCCUUGUAAUCUAAAUGUGUGAAUACCAUGUUAGUCAUAUGGGCAAAUACAGAUCAGAUCAUUGAUGUGGAAAUUAUAGGGCAGGCAUUGGACAAGAAUGGGGAAAGAUAGCUAUUCUAGUGUAGUGCUAUAGUAUUCGUUAUAAUUUUGAUGUUUUUGCUUGCAUGGAAAUUUGCAUUUUUGUUUUGACUCUUAAUUUUUAAUGUCUCAUAACCUGCAACAAGGGUUAAUGGAAAAUUGAAAUCUACUUAAGAAGAAACAUUAGAUGUAUUCCUAAGGAAACAUACUACUGCUCCCUAAUGUAUCCAGAUUUGUGCCUGUAUUUUACAGAUAACUAUUUUUCAUCUAUUCACUCUUAGAAAAGCUUUCUCAGCUAUUUUUUAUUAGUUGAACUAUGAUAUCUUUGCUCACUGAGAUUACUAUUUCACUCCAUACUAAUCAAACUUUCUUAUACCCUCUGGACUGAUAAGACUACACUCUUAACACUGAGAAGGCUUGUAAUUCAACCUAUUUGGAGACCUUAAGAGUAGAGAAGGGAAUGCUUCUAACAGCUAUGCAGCACAUAAAACUUUCUGUGUCUCCUUAAAGUAGCUGUAUUCUUUCUCAGUAUCAUGUGGCAGCUCCCAUGAUCUUGGGAAAAGACACAACUACUGUAAGAUGUUGCAGACAGAUAUUGUAUUCAUACUCCUGAGUGUUCCCAGAUACCUUCCAGACAUUAAUCCAACCACAGCCUUAGGUUGUUGGUUGACUUGAUACAUAAAAUGAACUGUGAAAGAUUAAAGUAUGGCAACAAUAAGCCACUCUUCAGGUUCUGUGGACCCUUCUCAAGGGGAUAAUUUCUUUUAUUACUCAAUAACUCAGUUCUGCCCAUUUGAAGAUUAUCUCUCUGUGUAUAUUAUUGUGAUUGGUUGUUUUUAAUUGAUUUUUAAAAUAAUGUUACCUGCCCAGAGCUGCUGCUUAUGAGAUGGGUGGCUAUAUAAAUUAUCUGAGAUAAAUUACAGAAGAAUAAUCCCUUUAUUUUAAUUUCUAUUUAACAGGGAUGGAGUACUGAGUUGAGUGUCAGUGUAACAUUUGUGUUUCUUUUUCUGUUUAGAAUAAAUUUGAUUUCUUUGCUGCAUUUCCUGCUGUCCAUCUUCUAUAAAGCCUAGAUUUGGGUAAUUGAUAUGGAGGGAAAAACAAGAUAGUGAAGAGAAUUCACAAAUUGCCCCUGUUGGGGAAUUAAGUUUAUGAAGUAAAUGGGAAAAUGUUGGGAUCCAACAUUUGUAGGAUUCCUGUUGGGUCAUGGGUAAAGUAAUGUAAUAGAUUUGGAAUGUAUUUCUAGUUGGUCAGGUUCCACUACCAUUGUGUCUCUGUUCGCACUCCUUGCUUCUUGCCCCAAGGCCUUGCACUGUUUUGCCUGGUGCAUUCAUGUUCCAGUGUUGCUUGCUUUGCUGUUUUUGUGACUGUCUGCUGAUAGUGCAAAGCUGGGAUAUUUUCAGUAUAAGUAUAUGUACUAUGUAUAUAUAAAUAAAUAAUCCUCCAUUUAACCCACCACCAUGCUUUGUGAUAACAAAGACAGCUUGGGCCAGUAGUAUGACCAUAAUUUUGAGAACUAGGAAUACCUAGUUGUGGUCUAAAAGAAUGCUGUGAUUUAUAAGCUGUUUAGUUUUAUUUUCGAGAUCUCCUUUUUCUCUAGCUGAAAUUGGUUCUAAGAGGAAGAGGAGAAACUUGCUGUUCUCAGUGCUUAUAAACACUGCUGAAUAUUUAUACUUCCCUUUAAUAUUUCCCUAAUUAAAUAUUAGCUUUCACUUAACUUACACAUUGAGAAUCCUAAAGAGAUGAAGUUUGGGACUGGAAAAUUCUCCUUCCCCACAUGACUUUUUUUCAGCUUUAUACAACCUCUAAUCCAGUCGUGAAAUCCGAACUUGUUUGCUACCGGUUCACUGGCCGUGCAUGCGUGCUGCACGCAAAGCAUGCACUACACGCGUGCAUGUGCAGUUCGCAUGCACAAUAUACACCAAAAGGAGGCUUGGGAAGGUAAGUAGAACAGCUGGGGGGGAAUCAGCUGUGGUGCACAAUCUUGGGAACCAUUUUAUUAACUUUUUAAAAGCAUUUUUUACUACCUAUUCGCCCGAACCGGUAGUAAAAAAAUGCGUUUAAAAAGUAAAAAAAAAGAUUCCAACAAUCGCGCAGCUCCAGCUGUGAUCUUGGGAACCUUUUUUUUUUUUUUACCUUUUAAAAACAUUUUUUAACUACCGGUUCCGGUGAAUAGGUAGUAAAAAAAUGCUUUAUAAAAGUUAAAAAAAAAGGCUCAGAUGAUCACAGCUGGAGCUGCGCGAUUGUUGGAAGUCCGAGCCUUUUUUAAAAAAUUUUAUAGCAUUUUUUACUAUUAUUUGUCCAAACCGGUAUUAAAAAAAUGCUUAAAAAGUAAAAAAAAAUAUAUAAAAAAAGUUCCGACGAUCAGUUGAGCAACGCGCGAUCGUCAGGUUGUGGUUUUUUUGUUUUGUUUUUUUGUUUUGUUUUUGUUUUUUUUACUUUUUAAGCAUUUUUAACUACCGGUCCUGGAGAACCGGUAGUAAAAAAAUGCUUAAAAAGUAAAAAAUGGUUUAAAAGUUUUUUAAAAAGUUCUGAUGAUGCGUGUCGCUCAGUUGAUCGUCGGAACUUUUUUUUUUUUACAUUUUUUUUACUACCGGUUCGGUGAACCGGCCUGAACCGGUAGCAUUUCACCCCUGCUGUAAUCUGACCUAUGCAUGAUCUGUUUUUUAUUGGCUUAAAGAUUAUUUAUCAGUGUUACUUCUGAAUGAUUAAAUGACGUGAAAAACAUGAAACUGCCUUACACUGUAUUGUUAGCUGUUUAUUCAGUCUGGCUGAGUACUGAUUAUACUUAUGGGCAUGACCUCUGUGAGACAGAGAGAUUUCAAUAGGUGAUUCCUGAGAUUGAACUCAAGCUUCCAUUCCAGCAAAAUAUGUUGCUAUUAAGCUACAUGCUUCCCAAUAUAAUUUUUAUAUCCCCUUGCUUAUACCAAGUCCUGAAUAUUUUUUUUACUACCCUGUUUCCCCCAAAGUAAGACAUCCCCUGAUAAUAAGCCCAAUUGGGCUUUUGAGCACAUGGCAAUAAGGCCAAGCACUUAUUUCAGGAUUCAAAAAAAUAUAAGACAGGGUCUUAUUUUGGGGGAAACACAGUAUAUACUUUGAGGGAACUUCUAAAACUCAAGGGCAGAUGAAGUUAUCCUGCAUCUAUGUAUCUAGACUUGACAUUCACAUAGAAUCAGAACCUUCCCCAAGUUUGGAAUUCUGCAAUUGGUUAAUUGUGCAAUUGAUACUCAAUAUCUAAAAAAUUUGGAUUAUUUAAAAUCUUUUUUAAAUGAUUGCUAACUAAGCAAAACUUGAUGGAAAAAAUGUCAAAAUUACAGAAUUAGCUAAUUUUGCUCCUGCAAAAUUUGCAGAAUUAGCUAAUUAGCAGAAUUCUGAGUAAUGAUAGCAUAUUUUCAGUGUCAUGUAUUAUGUUUAAAGAGGGUGCACAAGGUUUCAGAUUCGAAAUAUUUUAAGUAUGAAACAAUUCUGACCAUUCCAGACGUAUUUUGAAAUCAGUGUGAGCUCUUUGAUACUCAAGUUUUAUUCCUUGAAUUUGAAAUAGUUUCUGGAAUAGUUCAGGUAAUCCAUUUUAAACUUAAAACAACUGUUGUGAAUUGAGUGUUUCAAGCCCCUGUUCAUUAUAAAUAUGUGCAAUUGUUUUUAAUUUGUAUAAAUUAGAAUCCUGCAAACUCUAGAUUACUUUUUUGUGAAAUUUCAUUUGCAUACAUACCUAUAAGUGUUCUAUGGAUGCAUAUGUACACAUGCACGCACAUAAGAUCAUUGAAAUGCAUAAGGCUUAGUUAAGGAAAAAAUUGCUGAACAAAACCAAUGCAAUCUCAGUUACUGUAUAUUAUGAAAAUGUAAUAGUUAUGGUAUUAGGAAAACUAAAUUCCUCUAGGGAUUGACAGAUGUAAUUUACAGCAUCUUCACUAUCAGUCCUGCAGAGAGUUGUAGUCCAACAACAUCUGAAAAACUAUUUUUUCCUACAGUUGGUAAUAGCAAUUGUUCAUAUGAGUACAAAAAUUCUACAGUGCUCAGAUAAAUCCUUUGGGGUUUACCUGGUUGCAUUCUUUUUUAUUCAGUAGAGUAGAUAAUUUUUUCCCUAUAUGUGAAUUUUUCUAAAUAUCACAGUUAAAAUGUUGACAAGGAAGAAGCAUGCCCCAGAGAUGUCUGGUUCCUGAAUCUCGUAAUUUCCUAAUGAGUGGCCCUUAUCUGGCACUUGCCUCAUAAGGGCUGCAGAGAACAUCUGAACAGGCAUCACAUUCUUUGCUUGUGAAGAUGGAAGACAGCUGCAGUGCAGUUUUACUUACAGUACUUACCAGAAAGAGUACUUUAGGAGAAAGAGACCACAUCUAGUAUUAUAUGAAUAGGCAAGAAAGAGAAGUAGGAGAAAACCAAGGAGUAUAGAGUUUUUAAAAUGAAUUUUAUCUUUGCAGUGGACAGUAAAUUAUUGUUAGAGGUGAAGCUGCUUGGGAGAUUAUUGUAAAUGUUUCCUUUGAUUAAAUUCAUUCAGAUCAUUUAGAACCAUGAAAAACCUGGUUCCUGGUUUAUAUAGCACUUAAAAAUAUUGUAAGCACAUAAUUUAAACUCUGCAUUAUCAUAUUGGCAAACUUUUUGUGCCAUGUUAAAGGAUCCCCCCUUUAUCUAAAAAUGCUUCCCACAUCCCCAGAUUGUGUCUGUCAAAUAAUGAAUUAUUCCUAUUUAUAGGAAUGACUUGUAGCAGCGAAUAUUUAUUAUUCAGAAGACAACAGAGAGCCUGUUAAGAUUCUUUAAUUUUGCAGCAUUUGGAGAUAGUUAUAUAUAUUUACUUGUUUUGUUAUAGUUUGAGGCACUUCAACAAAUAGGAAAUUUUCCAUGUUUCAUAUUUGAUUGUCAGGAAAGCACUCCCUGUUUCUGCUGCAUUAUUACUGUUCUAUCAAGCCAGGUAAAUAUUACAAUUAUCUGUAUCUGUCCUUGCCGGCUGCAGUUAGUAAUGGGAGACAGUCCUGUGGUGUUUAUAGGAUCUUAUCAGCAAUAAGGUAGAUACUCUAUAAUUUGAAAACAGAAGUUUUUGUAGCUGCAUCACUAGUUCAAUUCCAAAAAGGCACUUUGGAGCAUAUAAGAGCAGGAAUGUAGCACUUGUCUGCAUUUCUUUAAAGCAGCCAUAUCAUCUCAGUGAUGUACUAGUGCUUUAAAGAUCUGUAGAGAGAGAGAAAGAUUAUGUUUUCACUCUCAUGUUCUCCAAAAUACUUUUUUGAAAAUGAAUCUGAAUACUGCAAGCCCUAAUAAUUUUAAAUCCAAGAAUUUACAGGACCUGAAAUGCAAAAAAGAAUGCAGGAAUAAAAUGAUGGGAAAAUAUGUAAAUAUUUUCAAGGGAACAACUAAGUACAUCAGAUUUGCUUCAUGUUCUUAGUGCUAUCACAUAGAGAUUAAUAUAGCUAACAGCUCUAGUGAAGUUCCUGAUGUUUUAUUCCUCCUAAAUUUUCGAAUGUUAUAUGCAAACCGCUUGAAAUAUAUCUCACAAUAUGUCCUAUUGGUUCUAUUCAAGGAAAAUCUCCUACUUUCACAUGAACAAUUACAGGGAGGCAUAGAAUCGGUGCUUAUUCCUUUACUGCAUACAUUGUUAGGCUUCCCAAGACCAGGUCUCAAUCUUGCCAAAACUGAUGCUCGUGUAGGGUGAAGAGAAUUAUUGUAUUUGUGGUCCUUAAUAACACAAAGAGUUUUGUAACUUUUUUGGAAUAUUAAUGUGGGCCUUACAAAUGUUCAGAUAUUUGAGUGAAUCUGCAUAAGCUUGGGCAUUUAGUUUUUACAAAAUUGAGACCUUAUGGUGAAGAGUAAGCUAAAGUUUAAAUUUAUUAAGUUCUUACCUCUUGGCAUACAAAUAGGCUUUAAAAACAAGAGCUAUAUAUCUGGUGACUAUUUUGUAUUAUGAGAAAAAUGCAUUUAAUGAAACAGUUGUACACGAAUUAAAUGUUAUCUAAUACUAUGUUGUCUUAAUUACUUUUUAAAUAUAGUGUUUGCAUUUGCUUGGUUGCUUUUUAAAAUCCAGUGUUCAACUGGCUAAACUGUCUAGAGUGGAUGGCUGGGAAGCAUUACACAGUGGGUGAUUUAAUCACCCAUUGACAUUUUUAUUAGAGAAGGGGGUUGCUUCGAGUUUGCGGUGGGGGGAAGUUAUGCUAAUUAUUCUUGUAUCUUUGUACAUUUGUUCUUUCUGUUGCUCUUGAAUAUUGUAUCAAUGCCAGAACUGGGGAAUUAUGUGAAACCCCAAUAAAUUGUUACAUUCCAAA